AUGUCUGAUCAAAAACCGGACUUUUUAAAGAGCCAGUUGUCAAAGGAUAGUAAUGUAGGGAAUAAAGACCAAGAGAAAUGGAAAAGAUAUGAAGCCCACGAAGGUAUUGCAUUUUGCAUUGAGCUAACCUCAUCGAUGUAUCUUCCCAGCGAAGAUUUGAAUGGUCAAAUUCAAUUAAUGGAAAUUCUAGAUUCAUUGAAUGAACUGAUGUCCGAAUUGGUUAUUGUAAUGCCAAAUACUGCGAUUGGAUGUUACUUCUACAAUUGUGCACAUCCAAAGGCUGAAAACAAUGUCUAUGAGUUGAUACCUCUACGAGAUGUAAAUUUCCAGAAUAUGAAAAAGGUCAACGAUCUUUUAGAUGAUAUCAAAAGCAGUAGGUUAACUCUCGAAGAAGAAAUACCAAUAGCAGAUAAAGCAAACCCUGCAGAGCUUUCUCCUGCAUUGAUAAUGAUUAGGGAAAAGUUUUUAGAACCAGUGGACGGACAAAAACAGUUGACUAAUAAAAAAAUAUUCAUAUUUACUGAUAAUGAUAAACCUUCUGAAUUUCAAGAUGUAGAAAGCCGUUCGAGAUUAAGAAAGGUUAUAGAUGAUCUUUAUGACUAUCACAUAAAUUUUGUAACCUUUUUCAUUGGUUCAAAGGUUAAACCAUUUGAUGACACGACAUUCGCAGAUAUCUUAAGGUGGGGAUCAAAAGUUAAUGACACUAAAAAUUGGUUAUAUUCUCAUGGUCCAAAUACAAAACCCAUAAAUGCAUCGACUAUUAAGUCUAAGGUCAAAAGGACAAAGGAAAUAAAUAGAGUGAAAUUUCGCUGUCCUUUAAUAUUAGACGAAAGAGCAGACUUUGUUGUUUCUGUUAGUGGAUACACAAUUAUAUCUCAUGAGAUUCCUGCAUCGAAAUACAAGCUUAUAUAUGAUAAUGGUACGGUCAAACAAGAAGCGUACUCCCGUCGUGAAUAUCUUGAUGCGGAAACUGGAGAAGUGGUACCAAAUGACGAACUUGCAAAAACCUUUUCAUUUGGAGAUGAAAUAAUUGAGUUGUCUGAGGAAGAGAACUCACAAAUUCAAAACAUAUACGGAAAUUAUGACUCAUUUUUGAAGCUAAUAGGAUUUAGAUCUACCGAGGAAUGCUUAUGUUUUUACAAUAAUAUCGACGCACCAUCACUCGUGGUUCCUAACGAAGAACAAUAUAAAGGUUCUAUCAAAACACUAACAUCUCUAUAUCGAACGUUGAAAAAGAAAGAAAAAUCAGCGGUUAUUUGGGGAAAGCUGCGGCCAAACUCUAUGGCAUCGAUGUUUGUUUUAACUCCAAGUUCUAACGAAGACUUUAACCAAGCUUUCUACCUCUAUCGUAUACCAUUUAUAGAUGAAGUCAGGAAACUACCUACUUUAUCGAGCUAUCCAGAACUACUAGAAAGUGAUGAUUAUCAAGUACUCAGUAGAGUCACUGAAACGCUCGUGAACUUUUUCAAUUUGAAAAAUGGGUACAAGCCUUCUGAUUACCACAGCCCAGCGCUUCAAAGACACUUCACGGUACUCAGAGAGUAUCUUCUCCAGAUUGAAAGUAAGGAAACUAAAGAUCAAGAUGAAGAUGACGAAACUCUUCUGAAAGUCAAACAGAUUCACGAAAGAAUUGCUGCUUCUGCUCAAUCAGAUGAUCCUAAACAGCAAAGACUAGUAAAGUAUUUGAAACUAUGGAAUUCAUAUUACAAUCGCUAUAAUAAUUUGGAAAUUGAAUCAAAACCAAAACAGAAUAAACGGAGUAAAUUUAAUAUAUAA